CUGCCGCACUCCGUUCCUCUUCUCCAUGACCAUGAUGGGGCCGAACGCGCCUACCGUCAAACGCGAACAUCACGAUGAUCAUGAGAUCAAUGAAAUGGCCCGGAAAAUCGCGGAAACCAACCGGGCCAAGGUCCAACAAAGUAUGCAGGGCAUGGCCGUGGCCGCUGCUGCGGCUGCGGCCAACGGCCAUUACCAAAUGGCUCGCCCGGGUCAACCCAGCAUACAAAACUUUAUGGGUCGACGCGGCGGUGUGGCGGGUGGGCCAUUAGCCACCGCCCCGCCCCCGCCUCCCGAAGAAAAUAAAGUGGAUGGUGAAUCACGGCGAGGUCGUUUUGGCUGGAGUGAGUUUGAAAAGAAUUACAUUCCCUUCGUGUAUCGCUAUAAAAACGAAAAAUACACCUCGGUUCGCAUGGUGGAACGCCGCUUCUUAAGCCGCUUUUUGAGCGUAUUGCCUCCCGAGGUCAAUUCUUGUCAUUGCAUUCGCAGUUAUUACAUCACAGAACAUGAGAGCAAAUUGUUGAACGAGAUUAACCUCAAACACACCGACUGCUAUUUUGGGAAAGAGGCGUUCACCACCAAGGAUUUGGUGGUGCGGCUGUCAGAUGCUGAAGAGUUCUAUCAAUUCUUGGACUUAUGCUUCAAAAAGCUCGUACUGAAGAAGAGUAACGCUAGUGAUCGAUGCGGGUUUUUCCGAAUCAAUGGCGAGAGUGUGGUGCCGUACACUGUUCGUCGAGGUGUCAAAUACGUGCCUCUCUUCUACUUUGAAGGUGAAACCGAGCACCUUAAGCUAAAGGCCGAUCAGGUUGAAGGCUGGGACUUGGCCUACCUAAAAUUUUGUUGCAAAGUCCAGGGUAUCCGCAACGAACUCUUUGCUGCCGAAGUAUGUCGCGUGGUGGCUUUAGAGGAGAUCAAGGGUCAUUUUCCCCACGGAACGACCUUUGAAGAUUAUUGGCCAGCCAAGGGAAGCAUUGAACCCGUCAAUUCUCAGCGCGUUCACGCUGGGAAUUGGACGCAAAAGCCCCCUUCAGCCACUGGCUCUAGUAAUAAAGCGGCCUCGGCGUCAUCCUCAGCCGCGGUUGUCAAUGCAUCCUUGCCUCACCAGAAUUCCUACGGUCACCCUGCGCUCGACAGCUACGGGGGAGCCAAUAACCCGUACAUGAGGGCUUCGGCCGCGGCUGCCGCAGCCAACACCAUGGGUUCCAUGGCCGGACUGUUUUCCGCCGCUCAAGCUACCUCAAACCCUCACCUUCAUGCCCACGCCGCUAGUGCCAAGACCUUCCCCGGGAAGCUCACUCAAAUCAAGGAAUUCCCCGUCGAGCGAUCCCAUCUGCCUCCUUACAAGCUUCAAAAAGCUUUGAUUGACCAAAAGAUCGUACCGUGUAUCAACGUGAGACCCUAUUUGUUCCGUGAUCUGAUGAUGACAUUGCCAGACUUCGUUAAAUGUUUCUGUUCAGAUCUCUCCAUUGAGAAAGCCAGAAAUAUGCUCCAAGACAUUCUCAAGAUUGUUCUUUACAAAGGAAAUCGAAGUCAUCAAGAAAUACUUCAAAUGGAGAACAAAUGCUUCCAAUAUGACCCUGUUCCCUUGGUCCUGGUGAAAGACAUCCUGAAUUACAUGCCACAGAUCAAAUACAUGCUCUCAAAUUUAGCACCAUCGCAACCCCCUAGUAGUAAACGACUCAAAGUGUGACCUUGAGUGGUAAAGAACCUUGUGGGCGGCAUUAUAUACACAAUAUCAUCUAACCACCUCUUUCUCACCAUCCCUGCGCAUCUGAUGGAGUUAAAACUCGACGGACUACACUUCAACCAACAUCCUAUAUGGCAACACACGAUGAUGGAUUUAUCUUUGCAGAAGCUUUAACUUGGAAAAUAUAUCUAUUUAUUGGACGGUUCGUUGGCUAACGACUGCGUAGGCUCGAGCUUUGUACCUUGUUGUUUUCCGAACUCGUCCAAUAUGUGACCAAAAAAUUAAAAUGAUACAAUCAGAGAAAAACCUAAAUUCAA